CGUGUGUUCCACGUUGGCCCGGACGUGGCACUCGGCGGUAGUCCUGUGUGGAAGUCGGAGAGAAAUUAUCACACGUUGCUUCUGCUGCGGCGAUCAUCAGUGCUUUCUUCCCCAGGUUCAGACAUCCUCGGGCAGACAUGGGGCUCACCAUCUCGUCGAUCUUCGCUCGGUUGUUCGGCAACAAACAAAUGAGGAUUUUGAUGGUUGGGCUGGAUGCUGCUGGAAAAACAACUAUCUUGUACAAAUUGAAGCUCGGUGAAAUUGUAACCACCAUCCCAACCAUUGGUUUCAAUGUGGAGACAGUAGAAUAUAAAAAUAUCAGUUUCACGGUGUGGGACGUGGGUGGCCAGGACAAGAUCAGACCCCUGUGGAGACACUACUUCCAGAACACACAGGGCCUCAUCUUUGUAGUGGACAGUAAUGACAGGGAAAGAGUGGAAGAGUCCAAGGAUGAGCUCACAAAGAUGCUGCAAGAGGAUGAGCUGAGAGAUGCAGUUUUGCUGAUCUUUGCUAACAAACAGGACCUUCCCAAUGCCUUAUCAGUCACUGAACUCACAGACAAACUCGGCCUACAGAACCUCCGCAACAGACAGUGGUACGUCCAGACAGCCUGUGCCACCCAGGGCAACGGGCUGUAUGAAGGACUUGACUGGCUAUCCAAUGAGUUGAGCAAGAAGUGAUGAAGGAGCAGCGUGACAGAUGAGGGAGAGAGAGACUGAACACCACAGGACACAAAAGAAGGCACAGACAUUUGAUCUAUUAACAUUUGGUCUGUCAGCCCCAAUGUUCACAAAAAGGACAAGGCUGGUGGUCAAUAUUAUCAUCUUUGGAAAAUUUUUAUCUCUCUUUUUUUUCCUUUUUCUUUUUAGUAUAAGUACUAUUACAAUAUUAUCACUUGACAUACUUUCUGUUUUUCUCCUUUUGUUCCCUCACUGAUGAAUGGCAGUAGGUUGUAAUUACACAGUAUCAUGAUGAGCAAACAGACCCUUUUCAUGGCAGACAUAUUGACUUGAGCACAGGUAUGAUUUCUUACAUUAAUGAUGGCUUCGUUCCAUUUAGUUGAGCUUGCUCCAGAGCUCUGGUAUUGUUAAUGCUCACUCACUCACCGAUGUGACUUACUUGGAUACGUAUUGGUUUGGAGCCAUCGUUAACGUUAUUGAUCACGAUUAUGUUGUUCCUGCUUUGACAAGCCAAAAUGUCUGCCAUUUUUUAAAAAAAAGUAUUGGCUGUUGGGUUAAAUUCAUGGUAACAAUCGACAGAGUAAUAAGAGUUGUUUCUCCACCACGGCUCCUGCCUAGGCAGCAUUUGCUGUAUGAACCACUUGUGUAAUUGUUGAGCUGAUAACCAUUGUUGAGCCUAGGUUGGGGGGGGGGGGUAUGAUGAUAUAACCUUAGAGCUGUGGUGAAGGACAACUUGUAUGCUGCAACAAGCUGUUCAUCUCCACAACCCCUUGUGGAUAUUUGACUCCCUUGCAGAACCAUGACCCUUUGCUCUUCACUGCUAUGUACCCAAUCUCAUGCCAAACUCAGUACUGGAAUGGCCUGUAGCCUGAACAAUGAGAGAUGGAUGAGGAUUGCAAAAAUUUCACAGGUAGAUUUAGUUUGUCGUGUGGAAAGAAAAAUUGUGCCUUCCGGUCCCUCUUUACACAGACCUGAGUAAUCCUGUCCUUAUUUCAUUCUUAGGCUGUGCUGCCUUCAAAGAUGCUUUAGUGACUCUUUUGCUUGUGACAGACAAAAUAAUGCAAUAAGACUCUUCCUUUUGUGCUGCAAUGUGUGCUGUGAUGCAGCAGAAUCACAGCAGUGAGAGUGCUGAUUGCUUCGUUGCAAAUAGGAUUUUAUUCCUGUUUGAACAUUUGAGAACUUGUCCUCACUCCUCUUCCUUCCUUCCUUUUUCAUAACCACCAUGGAAGAAAAGGAUUGAAUAAAAAAAGUCAGCUCUUCCACCCGCCCUAUCAAAAAUCUUUUUCUUUUUCCCCCCCCACCAAAACAGGAGGAAGGAAGCAUCUAUUCAGUGUUGACACAUGGCCAGUGUCAGUGCAACACAUUUCAGUAGCAUGUUUAUGUUGUGUUUUUUUGUUUUUGCUUUUUGUGCAGCUCCAUGCUGAGUUUGUUGUACUGUCUGAAGGCAAAUACUGUAUUAUGUUCUUAAUUAUUCUGCCCCGCCUGAAACACAAAAACAUACCUGCCCAUCAAUUCAUUUGUGUAUACAUUCCAACCAACGCUUGCAGGUGCUGGAGUUGCCACUAUAAAAAUUAUUUGCUAAAAUAUUUUACAAAAAAAUGCUCUGAAUAAAAGCCAAUGUUGAAAAUA